AUGUCUGCCUCGCCGGGAGGAAGGCGCGUCGUCAUUGCGUUAUGUGGCUCAGAGAAGAAACACCGUCAGUCUUUUGAUAGACUCCGACAAUAUGUUGAAAGUAGACGUGAAGUUGGCGUAGGAAACGGCACUGCGAAUGGUGGUAAUGGUAAUGGUAGUGGUAAUGGUAGUAGUAGUAGUAGUGGUAUUAUUGCUACUAGUUGUGAUGCUGCUGCUGUUGCUACUGCGAAUGUGAUCUCCUUCUCCAUUGUAAAGUUGUGCUAUGAUGAUAAUAGCAAUAAACUCUUUACAGAGACAGGUGUGGAUGAGGAUGUAGACGUGGUACUUCAUAAGAUCAGUACACUUCCUUCAAAGGCAGCAGUCGCAUUGAAAGAGUGGUGUGUCGUGACUUCACGAAAACGUCUCCAAAAACAACUCUCUCCUGUUAUUAUUAUUGAUCCGAUGGAGUCCACACGACUUGUAUUGCAGCGUUCUUUUGUGUGUAAACUAUUUGACGGUCGCCUACGACGGCCAUUGUGUCUAACACUCCGUUCAUGGCUCUGGACACGUAAUAGUGAUGAUGCCAUGAUGCCGCUUGGUAUCUCCUCCUUUGUGUUGGGAGAUGCGAUUGCGUGUGAGGUCCCCCACUCUAGUAGCAUGUGGAGGAUAAUGAAACCCGAUUUAAGUACAGGUCCACCCCACACUCAUCAUAUGGUGGUGUGGAAGGGCAGCAGCGACCCGGAGACCCCCGUACCAGAGAAGGUACAACGUUUAUUACCAAAAGAAUUUGAUACGUUUGUCUUGCAGGGUUUUUUGAUUUCUUCUAUUCCUGUUGUGAUUAAGGUUUAUUGUAUCGGUACAAGUGUUUUUGUAAAAGCAGUUUCUACAACUCCAUUACUGCGGAAAAUUUUGGCAGGUGCGGGGGAACCUGUAUUUGUCGAUUCCCAGGUUAAAUAUCCAGAUGAAGAAGGAUGGAAAGAGCAAGAAAAAAAUUGGAAGAGUUUUCUUGCAGAAGGUGGGCGGAUGUAUACAACUUGUAGUCAAAUCUCCUCUCAUAUAGCAGAGGAACUUCAUCUAAGUUUAUUUGGAUUUGACUUGUUAUUAGUCCCUCAUCAUUUAUCUCGGCAUGAUAGUUUUCUCUUAGAUGCUGCCGCAAUUGCAACACCAGAGAUGAUACAAACCACUUCGACGACAACGAAUGGAAUAUCAUCAAUAUUACAUGAAGAAAAUCUUUUCGAUAAAACUACUGGAACCCCUACACCGCUACUCUCUUCUGCAGUCCCAGUAUUGGUUGACGUAAACUACUUCCCAGGCUUUUCAGGUAUAGAAAAUGCGAGUGAAAGUCUGCUGGAGGUGAUUACAUCUAAGGUAAUGGGAAUUUCUGUCACAGAAACACGCCAAACCUCGCACAAGAAGCUAUCUACGUGUGGCUGCUGCUAG